GGCGGUGGCGCUGCCAGGGACACCCCCCGGCCCCGCCGCCCGGCCGUGCGCGCCCCGGGCCCGCAGAGCGGCACCCCGACACACAUGCUUCGGGACAACCGGCGGGUGGCCAGCGUGCGCUGCCGGGCAUGGCCACGGUAGGAAAUGGGGGGGAUUCCCCCCAACCUUCUACCGAGCCGCCCGCAGAGGGGACCGCGCAGCACUGGGGACAGCCGCACCGCCCGGCCCCGCACGGAGGGCGGCGGGACAUGCUCAGUGCGAGCGGCCGGCCCCGCCUCCGCCUGACCCGGAUACAGACGGCGCCGUCUCCCCACCGGCCCGCCGGGGAGUGUGGAGCCCGGGCGGCCCCGCCGCAGUAGCAGCGGAGCGCAGCGCCCCGGCGGCGCCAUGGGGCUGUGGUGAGCUGCCGGUACCGCCGCCCGCCCGCGCCGCAGUGCCCCCUGCCCCGCGGCCAUGGCCCCCAUGGGGAUCCGCCUCUCGCCGCUCGGCAUGGCCGUGUUCUGCCUGCUGGGGCUGGGCGUCCUCUACCACCUCUACUCCGGCUUCCUGGCCGGCCGCUUCGCCUUUUUCAUGCUGAGCGAGCCGGCGGCCGGCGGGCCCGAGAGCCCCCGCGGCUCCGCGCCCGCCGGCGCCGUGGACCUGCGGGAGCUGCUGGCCGUGUCCGUCCUGGCCGCCGUCAGGGGCGGGGAGGAGGUGAAGCGGGUCCGCGAGGGCAACGUCCUCAACGCCAAGGCGAAGGGGAAGACGCGGGAGGGGGCUGAGGAGCAGCUGACGAGCGGCGACCUCCUCUCCAACCGCAGGAUGUUCUACCUGCUGAAGGGCGCCUUCCCCGCCGUGCAGAUAAACUCUGAAGAGCGUGUUGAUACAGCUGAUCAGGAGACAGUCUCUUGGGAUCACAGUAUUCCUGAAGACAUAAAACAAAAAAUACAGCCUAAAGAAGUUCCAGCAGAAAGUGUAACUGUCUGGAUCGAUCCGUUAGAUGCUACACAAGAAUACACAGAGGAUCUUCGGCAGUACGUCACGACAAUGGUUUGCGUGGCUGUAAAUGGUAAACCAGUCAUAGGAGUGAUACACAAGCCAUUCUCAGCAUAUACAGCUUGGGCAAUGGUGGAUGGUGGGUCAAACAUAAGAGCUCGUUCCUCCUACAACGAGAAGACUCCAAGGAUUAUUGUAUCCCGCUCCCAUGCAGGAAAAGUUGAGCAGGUUGCACGGCAGACAUUUGGAAAUAAGACUGUGAUAAUCCCAGCUGGUGGAGCAGGUUAUAAAGUGUUGGCCCUCCUUGAUGUGGCUGAAAAGAAUCAAGAACAAGCUGAUGUAUAUAUCCAUGUCACCUAUAUUAAGAAGUGGGACAUAUGUGCUGGAAAUGCAGUGUUGAGAGCAUUGGGUGGCCAUAUGACUACCCUGACUGGUGAAGAAAUUAGUUACACUGGCUCAGAUGGCAAUGAGGGAGGACUUAUAGCCAGUAUCAACAUGAACCAUAAAGCACUAAUUGAAAAACUUCCAGAUCUGGAGAAAACAUCACACAAAUAACCUUGACUGAUGGAGAAGUACAACUUGUGCUUUUGUAGCCUCCAAAUGCUCUGUCUGAAGAAGCACGUGUGAAAACCUGCUGGGAAAGAUGCACAGCAAAGCAAAGCAGUUUGGUGUGGGUUUGGGGACUGUAUCAUGCAUUGGGUUUCUUCAGUGGUGGUAUUUAUAAAAGAAUAAAAUAACAAUAAUCAUAAGUAGGAAGGGGACUGUCUGCCUCACACCUCAGUUUCGAUGUUUUAUUUUUUCAGACUGUUUUGACACAGUUCGUAUUAUCAAGGUGCAUAUACAGUAUACAUUGGUAAACAUAGGUGAACUAAAGAAAAAUCUAAAUUUAUUCAUAAAGUUACCUAAGUAGUCCUCACAAGAAUUUCUUGGAACCUUUUGAAUGUUGUUACUGUAGUUGUAGCAACUUCAUAAUGAAUUAGGUAGGAGAAAAGAUUGAUUUGUAUAGGCAUCAUAACUCUGUAAACAGUCUAGCAGGAGACAUGACCCUGUGUAUCGCCUGAACAGAAAGCACAAGAAGGCUGACACAAAUUUUUAUGCAGCAACAGUUUAUCUCUUGACAGUGUGGCACUCCUUCUGCUUUUUAAGACAUAAAAAGAUGUUCUGUACUAUUUUGACUUUUUGCCUGAAGAUGUAAACCAGUUUAGUUCAGGUGGGUUGUGAAUAUCAGUGUUUUAUUAAUCAGUGUAAUUACUUUCAUGUACCUUUUUAAAGGGAGGCAGCAUUUCCUUGUAUAGUUUUUAAAAGUUACUUCUUGUCCUUGAUUUCUGCGUACAGUGUUGAAGACGCAUGCUAGAUUUUUCUCUAAUGUAGGACUUGUUCAUCAUUUGGUGUUUAUGCCUAUAGAAGCAGCCUCUUCCUUCAGUACCAAUUUUUUUGUUGUUUUUUUCCAUUGGACAGAGUCAUAUGGAAUGAGUUUAACUGAAAUAGUAAAUUGAGUGGGUUUUUUCCAUUUACAAUGUGAGAUGUAAACCAGAAAUUUUUCUACAACCCCAGAAAUAACUUUCUGUCUUCUUAGGUUAAGGUGCACUCUUUUCUGCGGAAAGCUCGUGAGCCAUCCCUUGGUUAUUUGGUUUAUGGAAAUUCACAAAGAGAGCUGUCAUUUGAACUUGAAUCUGUUUAAGGAAGUUUGAAGAGCAUGUGGCACUUGAAGGACAGCAGGGUCUGCAACACUUUACUGAAAAAUGUUCUGUGUCAGUCCAAUAGAUACAGAACAAACCACAGGCCCUUUGAUAGCAAAUAAGUUUUGUUGCAUCUCUAAAAUAUGUGGACUUCUACCUGCAAAGACGUAAGCAUCUCUAUUGUUGUUCUCUCCAUCCCUGUGAAGGGUUCAGAAGGUUACAAUGUACCUGCUAUUUGAAUUAACAGUAGAUAAGCUUCCCAUCUCUCUCCAAGAAAGGUAAAAUUCAUAGUUAAUACAGAUGUUUUCUGUUUAAAGUUUAUUCAGUAUAAGCUCAGGCUGUUUAAACCAAUUUCUUAUUUAUUUUCAUUUUAACUUCUUUCAUCAUACUGCUGUUCUGAUUAAAAAGAGGCUUUUCCCCUUAUGUCAGUAGCGGAGCAUGUCUAGAUACAUAUUUUAACUUCUAGCUAAUGUUCAGUUUCCAAAAGACCUCCUCAGAUGUUGCAUAACUACAGAUACAGACUUUUAUUUUGUAAACUUACUGGCAAAGUAGACUGAAGCUUAGUUCUACUAGCCUUUUGGUACGGGUAGUUUUUUUAGCGAACUGUUUUUCCAAAAUGGACACACUUGCUGCUAUUUGAAAAUAGCUUUUACACUUGUAGAUAAUACACAGAACAACUUCCGAUUUUUACAUUUAGUAAAUGACUGUAUGCUGUGACAAAUAAGUGAACAUGUCCUUUUUAAAAAGGGACUGAUCUAUUAUGAAAACCUUGUUGAGCUUUCAAACCUCAGUAAGAAUAAAAAUCAAGAUAUUUGUCAAGGCUUUAGUAGUAUUUUACAAGAAGUUUACAAUGUUUUUCCUUCAGGCUGACUUUAAUCUCUUAAAGCCUAAAAAAAAGCAGCUCUUCUGUUUAUUAGUGAAAGAACACAGAUUAAAAUUUAAAUAUGAGAAAUAGCCAUAGUUAGCCUAGUAUAAAAACCUAAUUGUGUCACAGAGGUUGAGUGCAUAAUAUUAUUUAAAUAGGCAAUUAAAACAAAGUCUGUGGCAGGUUGUGCUUUUAGAUUGAGGUUGAAAUCAUGUGUAAACUUACCUUAUGAAAAUGUGUGUGCUUUUAUUUUGGGUACAGUUCUAUCACUUCCUUGCAUAAGCUGUGAUCAGGCUUAGUUUCUUUAUAAGAAACGAAAAUCAAGAUGUUACACAUUGCACAAGGUCUUACUUGCAUCUUAGUUGAUGAACAGUAAACAAACAGAACUAUUUGCCUAAAUUAUUUUUUCUUAAGAAGAUAAGGUACAAAGAAGAGUUUCAAGCCCUCCUUUUCUUCCUCCCACGUGCUGGCUAAAAUACCUAGUUUUCCAUUAGACCCAUUUAUAUCCUAAAUUUGUUUGUUGCAAUGGAUCACGGUGUUCAGUACCUUUCGCAGUGGACCCUUACUGGCCCAAUGUCACUUCUUGUGAAAAUGAAGAAACGGUGGGUGACAUGCCCAGUUAAUUACUUCUAGUACAGCCUGAGCUCAUACGCUUUCCCACAGCUGAGGCCUAAGAUGGUGCUUGGGGUCUCCCAGUCUAGUUUAAAGAGGAGCCGCUUUGAUACGAGAAUAGGUAAGUACCUGGUGAAUAACAGUUUCUGAUGUAAUUUUAUAAUAAAUGCAACUCUUAUGCAGACCAGUAAAUAUUCAACAGUGCUUGCUUAGUGCUUAUAUGCCAGUGUACUUCGAUACUUGUUUGUAUAGUGUUAACACGCAGAAUAUCCUACUACUUUGACUAUGUUUAUGCUCCGUUCUAAAACUUUUUGGUAUUCUGGCUUAACUAUUUGUUUGGUCUCAGCUGUGUGGAUGUGACUUAAGCUUAUGCCCAGAGUGGUAGGAAAUCAUACCAUACCCAUGCCUCACUGCUGGGCUAGAACACUAUUGUUUACAUUCUAGCCAUUUCCACAUAAAACUGUCAUACUGUUUUUAGGGAUGCUGCUUAAAACAGUUGCAUGGGGUAGGUGGGUCCUACAAAAGUAUGCCUUUUCAAAAAAAAAAAAAAAAAGUAGUAAAACAAAUUCAUAGUAUCAUUCUAUCUCCAAACAAGGGAAGUAAGAGAAUGCAUUUUAGCAUUAUUAGAAUGCAAUUUUAGCAUUGGUUUCUGAUGGUGGAUUUUUUGAGUGGCUAUUAUGAUGAAGGUAAUUGCAAGUGAAAUUAUUCUAAAGUCAUAUUUAUUUUCUCUUUUCAUUCUGCUAAAAAGAGCAGAUGGUAGCAUAGGUGAUGCCUCGUACUGUACUAAGAGUCCUAACUUUCAUUCCUUGAAUGAAUGUUUUCUAAAUAAAUGGACACAGAAAUAAAAGGGUUGAAUAUUGUACUUAACUGGUUUUGAGUUUAACGUAUUUGCCAGACUUUUACAGAUGGACUUAUGUAAGAGCUGUUUGUUCUGAUCUACAGAGCAUGUAAUAAUAAUGAAAAUAUUUAGCAGAGAUGUCUUACUCAGAUGAUGAAUUAACCAUAUAGGCAAAGCUGGAAAGUCAUAUAGUGAUAUUGUUUCAUAUAUUUGCUUUUAUUUCAUCAUCAUAAGAGUGGACAGAUUUUCUAAUUGGCUUCAGGUAUGAGAAGGGAUUUACUUUUUUAAAUGGCCAUGGUUGGAGAUCAGGGGCGUGGAGGGGAGUCAGCACUGAAGUUCAUCUCUGCAAAUGUAUCCCAACAUCUUUGUAGCAUCUGUUAUCUGUCAGAGUUGUACAAGAGCAGUGCAAUACUGUAUUCUCCUGGUUUAACAGUGUAAAGCAAGGAGUCUGCAUCCCCCAAGAACAAAGCGGUGAGAAGUAACCGAGUGUUGUGCUGGGCCUCUUCUGUGUCAUGCCAGCAGAGCUGGCUGCCUUGUUGUCUUGUGGAUGUCAUUCUAGCUGCAGUUUCUCUGAUAACAAAACUGCUUUUCAAGGCUACUGUAUCCCCAGUUACACUCAUGCCCUUCGUGGAUCUGUUUUCUGAAGCAGAGAAGUGGAGAGGAGCAAAGCAGCUGCUGGUGCUGGAGAAAUUGUAACAGAGAACACUGAUUUCCAUUACUUGAUAUCUUUUUUUUUUAAUAACACUGAUAGUUUCAUUUGUCUUUCAGGGGUUAGAUAAGUUAGAUAACCAUUAAGAUUUAAUGGACCACAGAUAGUUGCCUGCAGGAUUUUAAGUCUGAGCAGGAUGAGGGCAGGGGGCGCACUGCUUCUAAGUAAGGAGAGCCUGGAUGGGUGGCUUCCUGUCGGGUCACUCAAACUGAGUCUUUCUUCAGUGCUCUGUUGUAGAGAUUUAGGCCUUUUCACACACACAAAAAAUUACAGAUUUGACUUUGCCAAAAUACCAUUCAUAGUCUGUCUUCUGACCUGCUAUCCUCAAUAAUAAAACUGCAGUAUACGCGCUUCACUGUAAUGUCACUUGUUGAGACAAGGCUGGUAACUGAGGACUCAAAGGUUGCUUGACUUUUGAGCCCCAUCUUCUGUAUGGCAGCUCUUACAAUGAAGUGCUAGCACCUGCUGUGAGUGUCUGCACUCCACAAGCAGGUCGUGCCACUCACGGGUUGUAUUUGAGAAGUGUUGAAGCCUUACACGUCAUGAUUUUCAGAUGCUACACCAGCUCUUCCAGCUCUUCUGAGAGUUUCAGAAGUGCUCAUCCAGUUUCCUUCUGAGACUCCCUCUGGAGCCAGUAAUUCGUGGUCACUUUUCCCUCUUUGCUGUCCCUUAUCUCUUUGUUCUUUCCUGAUCCUUGGUACUUUAUUAGUCCACGUGGACAAGAAAAAUGAGGGAUCGGAGGUGGAGACAAUCCCAGGAUGAGGGCCACAGCAGCAAACUAUCCAGUUUAUCCUGAAGUUGUUAAAUGUUUGGGACCAAUGUCUAAGGUGCUUAUACUACCAAAAGUGUGAUAGAUGCCAACAAAAUAAAGGCAACUUGAAGAGGUUAAUGUGAUUGGUGAUACUGAACAUACAGGGAAAAUACAAAUAAGGAGAAGUUAAACUGUCUCAGAAAGGAGUAUAAGAAAACAGCUUUUCAGUGUAAUGUUACAAGCAUUCAGCAUUUCUGUUCCGUUGGGUGCAGAGCUUCGUUGCCUAUGCAGGAGCCUCCUUUGGCCCUCUGGGAAAGGCCUGAUGUUGUUGAAGUCAGUAGCAGCAUUCCCACUGAGUUCAAUGUGAGCAGAAGCAAGCCAGAUAAAACAUGAACAGUAAAUUAAGCUAAAUUCUGAAAAGUUCAGCUUCCGCCAAUAGUGCAAACAACCUGGGUUGUGUUAAAUUCACCUCUGGGGAGCUUCAGUCUACGUUACUAGAGAACUUGGAAACAUCAUCCCAGUGUCUCGAGGUUCUAAGACUUUCAGAUAUUUUUAUCUUUCACAGCUGAUAGAGCCCACUUUCAGACAAUACUGUUUUCAACCCUGAUUGUUCCUCAUUUGUAAUUCACAUUUCUUUUUUCUCCCCGAAGGACCAGCAACACUGGCAUUUUUCCUGUUGUCCCACCAAAUUGUAUUAGCAUUUGCCAAUUGUGUGCCAAAUUGAAAUAAUAAUUCUAUAAAUAAACUCUCUGAAAAUA